AUGGAGAGACUGCCACCUAGGGGACCACCUGGCCAUCCUCAUCAGAGGGUGGCCUCUGCCUGCUGGCGUCUCACCGUGAGGGUCCUGGAGGCGCGAGGCCUGGGCUGGGCUGACAUGUUGAGUGAGGCAGACCCCUAUGUGGUCCUACAGCUGCCAACUGUACCUGGAACAAAGUUUAAGACCAAAACAGUCACCAACUCUAGUCAUCCUGUAUGGAACGAGACCUUCAGUUUCCUAAUCCAGAGUCAGGUCAAGAAUAUUCUGGAGCUGAGUGUCUAUGACGAGGACUCAGUCACGGAGGAUGAUGUCUGCUUCAAGUUUCUCUACGACAUCUCAGAAGUACUCCCUGGCAAGCUGCUCCGGAAGACCUUCUCUCAGAGUCCUCAGGGACAGGAGGAACUGGAUGUGGAGUUCCUGAUGGAAAAGACGUCAGACCGCCCAGAAAACCUCAUCACCAACAACGUCCUUGUGGCUCGAGAGCUGGCAUGCCUGGGUGUCCAUCUGGAGAGCACAGGGAGCACAGCCACGGUCGCACGUGAGUCCUAGCUGGAGCUGGAGCUGGUGCUGAAAGGGUCAUAUGAGGACACACAGACGUCUGCCCUGGGCACAGCAUCUGCCUUCCGCUUUCACUACAUGGCAGCUCAAGAGGCAGAGCUGAGUGGGCGCCUGAGGAGCCCCGAAAGCAAUGGCUGGAACUCAGAUAGCUCAGUUGGGCAUCGCAGUGUGCCUCUGAGGAACUUGGCCCUGGGGAAGGAGACGGCCAUUGACAUUCCUGCUACAGAUGCCCCAGAAGUGAGGCUUCAGCUCAAGGCUGAAGGCUGCCAUGAGGAUCUGGCUGUGCGCUUGGGCUUUGACCUGUGUGCGGACGAGAAAGCCUUCCUGAGCAGGAGGAAGCAGGUGGUGGCCAAGGCCCUGAAGCAGGCCCUGCAUCUGGACAGAGACCUACAGGAGGAUGAGGUCCCCAUCGUGGGCAUCAUGGCCACAGGAGGAGGUGCCCGGGCCAUGACCUCUCUCUUUGGUCACCUGUUGGCCCUGAAAAAGCUGGGACUCCUAGACUGUGUGACCUACUUCAGUGGCAUCUCAGGAGCUACAUGGACUAUGGCCCAACUGUAUGGGGACCCUGAAUGGUCCCAGAAGGACCUGGAGGGACCCAUCCGAUAUGCCCGGGAGCACCUUGUCAAAAGCAAGCUGGAGACCUUCUCCCCAGGGAACCUGGCAAGCUACCGUAGGGAGUUGGAGCUGCGGGCGGAGCAGGGCCACCCAACAACCUUCGUGGAUCUGUGGGCUCUGGUGCUGGAGUCCAUGCAACACGGCCAGGUGAUGGAUCAGAAGCUGUCAGGACAGAGAGCUGCACUGGAGCAGGGCCAGAACCCUCUGCCCCUCUACUUGAGCCUCAAUGUCAAAGAGAACAAUCUGGAGACUCUCGACUUCAAGGAGUGGCUCGAGUUCUCCCCAUAUGAGGUCGGGUUCCUGAAGUAUGGAGCCUUUGUCCCUCCUGAGCUCUUUGGCUCUAAGUUCUUCAUGGGACAGCUGAUGAGGAGGACCCCUGAGUCCCGGAUCUGCUUUCUGGAAGGUAUCUGGAGCAACGUUUUCUCCCUGAACUUGCUGGAUGCCUGGUAUGACCUCACCAGCUCUGAUGACACCUGGAAGCAGCGCAUCAAGAACAAGAUCAGGACCCUGGAGGAGCCCGUUGCCUCCUCGAGGACUUCCUCAUGGCCAGAGGCCCUGUGGCUGCAGCCUGGAACGGCACUGGCCCAGGCAUUUAAGGGCUUCCUGACAGGCAGGCUGCUCUACCAGCACAGCUCCAACUUCCUCCAGGGCCUCCAGCUGCACCAGGACUACCGUGAUCAGAAAGAUUUCUCUACCUGGGCAGAUAGCCAACUAGACGCCAGCCCUGGCCAGCUGACCCCGCAGGAGCCCCAGCUCUGCCUGGUGGAUGCCGGCUACUUUCUCAACACCAGCUGUCCCUCCAUGUUCCGGCCAGGGCGCAGGCUGGACCUCAUACUCUCUUUCGACUACUCCUUAUCCUCACCUUUUGAGGUGCUGCAGCAAUCUGAGCUGUACUGCCGGAGCCGGGGGCUGCCAUUCCCCCGGGUGGAGCCCAGCCCACAGGACCAGCGCCAGCCCAGGGAGUGCCACCUCUUCUCGGACCCCACCUGCCCUGAUGCCCCUGUCCUGCUGCACUUCCCACUGGUCAAUGCCUCCUUCAAGGACUACUCGGCACCUGGUGUCCGGCGCAGCCCUGCAGAGCUCCCUGCUGGCCAAGUGGAUGUCACUGCAGCUACCUCACCCUAUUCCCUGUUCAACGUGACCUACAAGGAGGAAGACUUUGACCGCCUGCUGCAACUCAGUGAUUACAAUGUCCAGAACAGCCAGGACACCAUCCUGCAGGCCUUGAGGAUAGCUCUGAAGCACCGGGCCCCGGGGGCCAGGCUUCCAGGGGCACAGACUUGAGGCUGUUCAGGGG